AUGAACUUUGGACCUUUAAAGCAAACAUCCAAUUUGUAUGUGUCAAAUGGAAAAUAUUUUAAAUAUCCAUUAAAUUUAUUUACUCAAAGCAGAAACUAUGAAAGGAAGCAGACUGGUAAGUUCAAUAUAUACAAGAAGUCAUUUCUCUACACCGAGCAUGAAAAAGCUCGUGCUGACUUAAAGUACUAUGAGUGUAAUGAAUGUGGAAAAGUCAUCAGCAAGAAAUCACAGCUCAUUGUACAUCAGAGAACUCAUACAGGAGAGAAACCCUUUAAAUGCAACAAUGAAUGUGGGAAAGCCUUCUCUCGAAAGUCACAUCUCGUUACUCAUCAGAGAACUCAUACAGGAGAGAAGCCCUAUGAAUGCAAUGACUGUAGCAAAGUCUUCUCUCAGAUAUCACAGCUCAUUAUCCACCAGCAAAGUCAUACAGGAGAGAAACCCUAUGUAUGUAGUGAAUGUGGCAAAGCCUUCAGAGAAAAGGCAAGUCUCAAUAAGUAUCAGAGGAUUCAUUCAGGAGAGAAACCCUAUGUAUGUAGUGAAUGUGGGAAAGCCUUCAGAGAAAAGGCAAGUCUCAAUAAGUAUCAGAGGAUUGAUUCAGGAGAGAAACCCUAUGUAUGCAGUGAAUGUGGGAAAGCCUUCAGACAGAAGGCAAGUCUCAGUGAUCAUCAGAGGAUUCAUUCAGGAGAGAAACCCUAUGUAUGCAGUGAAUGUGGCAAAGCCUUCAGACAGAAGGCAAGUCUCAGUGAUCAUCAGAGGAUUCAUUCAGGAGAGAAUCCAUACAGAUGCAGUCAAUGUGCCAGAGCCUUCAGUGGUAAGUCACUCCUCAUUAGACAUCAGAAAACUCAUUCAGGAGAAAAACCCUAUGGAUGUAAUGAAUGUCAGAAAGCCUUUAUUUGGAAUUCACAGCUCAUUAUUCAUCAGAGAACUCAUACAGGAGAGAAACCCUAUGGAUGCAGUAAAUGUGGAAAAGCUUUCUCCCAGAAAUCACACCUCAUGAUUCAUCAGAGAACUCACAUAGAACAGAAAUCUUAA